AUGGCCUAUUCUCUUCUUUCAGAGUUGCAUCCUAAUAGGGAUGAUUGGAUGGUGAGAGUCCGAGUUUGUCGAAUGUGGGAAUUCAUUAAUUUCAAACGAAGCAAAGAUCUGGAUAAUCUAAUGCACGCUGUCAUCUGGAAGAAUCAAGUAAACAGGUUUCGGGAUAAGUUGAGUGAAGGAUCGGUCAUUAUUAUUCGGAACUUCAAAGUUACUGACAAUACUGGUGUAUAUAGACCAGUGUCAAGUAAUUUUAAAAUUACUUUCCUUCAAAUAACUAUUGUCCAAAAACAACAGGAAGAUAUUGUUCGUCUUCCUGUAAAUGGAUUUCAAUUUAUUCAACCGGACAUGAUUCAGUCGAGGGUGAAUAACAACACCAUAUUAUCAGGAGAAAUUACUUUUGCAACCACGUGUGCAAGUAAAAUAUAUGUUAAUCUGAAAAUUGAUUACAUCAACUCUCUAAAAGAAAAGUUUUCCAACAAAUCUGUUGGGGUGGAAACUCUACAAAGUGCUAAUGUUGAAACACUUCCAAUAGAGGAACAAAUGUUUCAGAAUAGGAUGAGCAUUUGUGAAUUGUUGGAAUCGGAGUGGAGCAUUGAUAUUCAGGAAUGCAUUGUUACGGUCUGGGCCAAGAUCACAGAAAUUGACAACUCAUUCGAUUGGUAUUACAUUUCGUGCAACUUUUGCCGUAAAAAAAUCAAACCUGCAAAUGGUGUGUAUACAUGCCCCACUUGCACAACAGAUUGCAAGUUCCCAUUGAUGAGGUUCAAAAUUCACAUUUGCGUGGCAGACAAAACUGGUGGUACAACUUUAGUACUGUUUAAUGCUAUUGCCGAGAAACUGCUCGACACAUCUGCGCACAAACUGGUAAAUCGGCUUGCAUCGGGCGAUAAUGGUAUACCUUCCCAAAUAGAAAACCUUUGUGGCAAGGAGUUUGUGUUCAAGCUCAAACUCAACAGUUACAACCUUAAAGACGGCCUUGAAAACUUCACAGUUAUAAAGCUUUUCCCACCAGACGAGGAAUUGGAAUUGCAACACACAUUAGCGAAAGAGAAAAAGGGUAAAAACAUAGUGGAUGAUGUUGAUGAACCCGAAAACCAGAAAGCUGAAGGAUUCAACAAGGGGAAGGAACAUGCCUCAGCCAAUGACUUUGACGACGUAGUGGAAGAUGACCUUGACAGUGAUGGUGUUACGAGUACGAACCAACCAAGUACAUCAACAAAACUUCGGCGCAAAAAAAAUUCAGGAACCUUCUACUCCAUCUUUGGAUAAGUUGGAAGAAUGGAAAGAAGACCAACACGCUGCUGAAGGUGUUACCAGAUGGA